UGUUGCGGUACAUUUUUACAUACAUGUGUACAUAUGCAAAUAGACUUUAAUAUAAUAUAUAAGCCUAUACGCGAAUUAAUACAAAUUAAUGUGCUAACGUAGUCAACAUUGUUAAUGUUUAAUUAUUGCAAUCGCGCUUUAUUAGUUACAGUGAAAACAACGAUGGGUAUGAAAAAUUCUUAUUGAAUUGUGUUAAAUAUAGUUUUAAAAUAAUGGAACAGGAUCUACUUGUUGCCUAAAGAACCAGAAAUUUGCUAUGUCAGUUGGUAUACGUAAAAACAAGAUGAAUUACAACGAAAACAACCAGAACUCAAACAACAGCAAGGACGAUAAUAAUAAUAACAAAAACACCGAACACAGCCCGUCGGUUGCUAAUGAAUCCCGUUUCCCGAACACUUUUUCGGAAGAAAACCGAUCGCUAUCCGAGGAGCAAGCGAGGGAUGACGUUAUGCCCUCGUCGGUUGCUAAUGAAUCCCGUUUCCUAAACGUUUUUUCGGGAGAAAAACGAUCGCCCUCCGAAGAGCAAACGAGGGAUGACGAUAUGCCCUCUACCAGUGGGGCCUCGGUAGGUACACCUUGUGAAUCGCUCGCCGUAACCACGUCCAACGCGAAGAAUGAUGGUGAAGAGAACACCACAAUACCGUCCUCUAGCACAACAAUACCGUCCUCUAGCACAACAAUACCGUGCUCAAAAUCAGUAGAAUCACACCGGCCCUGUACCGGAAUGGCGUCUAAGAGGAAGAGGAAGAGGAAGGGAAAAAGGGGAGGCAAGCCUGAAGGGCUGAACGAUUCCCGCAAAGUGGGAAUGAGUGGUGCUACCGUCAAGUGGUACUUCAGGCAUCUGCAAGCGGGAAAAUCGUCUGAGGAGGCAAAUGAGCUUGCGUUGGGCAGGAAUAAAAUUACGCCAGCGGUAGAGAAAAGAAGCCCAGUCACCGCAAUCCCGAGCAGGGUGGUAGGCGGGUGCGCGCCUUAUCAAGAUAGAAAAGGUGAUGCUGAGAAACGCAAGAUAACACCAGAGGAGUUACCCAGCCUAAAAAAGCAGAAACAGAAUCUGCAUCAACAGCCGACGCAGUUGAAAGAAGAGCAAAACACUGUUCCAAAAACAGGCAUUCGGAUAGCCGUGCUACCUCUCAAUUAUCCUGUGGAAGCAAUGGAUCCACAACAACUUACUGUACUUGCAGAUAAAAUCAUAGACGAGGUGUACAAGGGAUGGAAACACGCUCUCUGCUUUUGCGGAGUGUGUUUUAGGUCGGGACUGUUACUUGUAGACUGCAAGAAUGAAGAGACCGCCACCUGGCUGGCGGAGGUUGCUCCGAAGCUUGAGGGGUGGGAAGGUCCAUUGCUCAGUGCGAGAAGAGGGGAAGAGAUACCACGGAUGUACAAAAUGAGAUCACGUCUACACAAUAGCGCUAUUAUAUAA